AUGGCUUCAUCAUCAAUGAAUACUACCACCACAUCAUCACCACCAGCAACAAAUAAUGUCACAUCUCUUGAUCCUAUCCGACAAAUGCUUCUGCUUCCACCCUCUGUACGGCCACCUGAAUUCGAAAAUCCAUUGGAAAAAAUUGAACAACUGCUAACAUGUCCAAUUUGCUUGGAUCGUUACAAACAACCGAAACUAUUACCAUGUCAUCAUACAUUUUGUUUACCGUGUUUGGAUAAUUGUGUUGAUGUGGUUCAUCGAAUAUUGAAAUGUCCGGAAUGUAGAGCGGAACAUCCGGUACCAUAUGAAGGCGUCAAAAAUUUCCAAUCCAACUACACACUUACAGGUUUCUUGGAUAUACAUUUGCAAGCAACAGAUGAUAAUGCUGCUCAAUUGGAAGCUUAUAUCCAGAGGUAUAAUCUGGAACGAUGUAAAAUUUGUGAAGAGAAAGCUGUAUUGGACAUUUGCGCUCAUUGUGAAAAGCGAGCUUGCAGUGAUUGUCGGGCAACACAUCUGGAAAUGUUGAAGCGUGAUCUAACGAGAAUGCUCAAUCAGGUCAAACGCUUAUCAAAUCGAAUUACAGAAGCAUCUGAUGGUUUAAGUAAGGGAGCGGAACUGUUAUCAUUGAAUUGUGAAACUGCAAAGGAUGAGGUCAAAGAAUAUUUCCGUCGUUAUUAUCGAGAAUUAAAAAAACGCGAAGAAAUGUUUGUUGAGGAAAUUGAAACAUUUAAUGCAACCGAAACUCGAUUAAUGCGUAAUUUACGUGAUGUACUUGAAAUCGAAAGUUCGAAUAUGAGCGAAGGUUGUGCAUAUUUGGAAGCAGCAUUGAAAGGUGAACGAGAAGUGCAAGAUUCUGAAUUGGUGAAAUUGAAGAAUGUUUUCUCGGAUGGAUUGGAAUAUUUGAGGAAUUUUCAACCUGAUGCCGAUGAACUUUUCUCGAAAAAGUUGCGCUUUUCGCCUGGUGAUGAUGCUUCAAAGUUACCGGCAGCUAUUGCGAGUUUUGGCGAGCUCACUGUCAUGAUACCGCAAUUUGCUGGACGCUAUCUUCCGCUGGAACAAUCCUAUCUACCACGUCCGAUGAAAAUUGGUUAUGAAUCGGACAAUUAUAAGUAUGCCAGUAAACGGACGGUUGAUUUGGAAGAAGGAGGUGGACGUCCCCAAAACGAUUUUCGCAGUACGGCGGGUCGUUAUGGGAUGCGUUUUAAUGCCGGUGAGGAGGAUGUAAUGUCUAUACGAUAUCGCCGUCGGCAACAGAUGGAAGAAGAAGCCUGGAAUCGAUUGAGGGCAGAAAAAUUUGAUAAUUCUGGCCAAGUACUAAGUGGUGUUAGUAAUACUGGCACCUCUGGAAAUAUUGGUAGUGGCACUUGUCAUAAACCAGGAAAUAGUCCAUGGAGUCGUGCUGUGGUUGGAAAUGCUGUGAGCCAAUCUGUUGCUACGACUAAUGUUAUUACGAAAAAUGAUUUAGUAACCAAACCUGCAAAAACUGUAGCUGAAGACUUAUCAGCUACUCCUACUACUAGUAGUAGUUCGAGACAGAGCGAUCUUAACUCAGAUGAUAAUUCAGUGAACAAAUUUCUAGUGGUUCCCAAAGGUGUGGUAUUAAAUGAAGGUCAACCUACAACAGAAUCAGCAGUUAUCUUAGCUAAAAAUCAAUCGACGACUGAAAUUAGGCAGUCGGAUACUAACCAAAUAAGUAAGACCACCGGUACUACCAAAGCUCUAUCGCAAAAUUCAAGAAAUACUUUAAAUCUAUCACAACAAUCGCAGGAAACAUCCGCUGAAAAUACAAAACCAGUGCUAUCACAGUGUCAUAAAUCCGGUAAUCGAAGUCAUAUACCAUCACCUUUACCAACAAACAAUCAUCCAAAUAAAAGUAUCGAUGCUACUGCUAGUAGCACUGCAAAACAUUCGGCAGCAAUAUUGAAAUUAACACAGAAACCGCCAUUACCACGACAAAUAUCAAGUGAUGAUACAAGUUUAAAUGAAAAAAUUGAAAAUAUUCGUACAGCUCAUGAAAUGCGUCGUGCUAAUCGAAUUCAGAAUGGAUCACCGAAACAGUUAAUGCCUUUGAGUGACACUGCUCACAGUAGCGCUAAUAACAGCAAACGGGAUGCUAAUACAAGUGAUGAAAGUGAAUGCGAAAAUGAACCAGUCCAACGGAAGCAGACAAGUAAUCGUUUUCGGAUUAUUUGCCGUAGUGCUUCUGAAUCCAAGGAACAGAUUACCCAUCAAAAUUCUUCCGAUCCAACUCCUCCCUCGUCAGUAACUCCGAAAACAAGUGAAAGUUCUGAAGGAUCAUCGUUGCCGAUUCCAGUUACACAUUAUCCAGGUGAGCAGUUGCCAUCUUGGUUACUGAGGCGUCGUCAGCGUUAUCAACGGUCUAAGACAAAUCCUGAAUUGAUUUCUGUAUUAGCUGCUUUAAACGGCCAACAGAGUAAUCUGUCAAGCCUAGCAUUUCCCUCUGCUGAUGAUAACAAUAACAGUGUAAGUUCCAAUACUACCAGUACUAUCAGCCAGAUACCAUCUUCAAACAGUCGGGUUCAACAGCUUCUUUUGGAACGCUCCAAUCGGCUGGCCGGUAACGGUUUAUUGAUGCGUCAAGAUAGCGAUACCAGUGAUAUGGCAGUAGUAGCUGCUUCCUCCUUAUCAAGUCAGGAUCGUCGAUUACGAUAUCGUAAACGGUCCAUUAUUGCUUUGGAUAGUGAAAGCUCCUAUGAUAGUCGUCUACUCCAGGCUCCACGUUUCAUCUGUACUGUUGAUUAUCUGGCAAAAGCAAAACCAAAAUUGGUGUUUGGCAAAAAAGGUUCCAAAGAAGGAGAGCUUAAUUGGCCACGUGGUCUUGCCGUCUUAGGUGGUAACGAAUUUGCAGUAUGCGACAGCAGCAAUCAUCGCAUUUGCAUAUUUAAUACAGAUGGACGUUUGUUAAGGAUGUUCGGAAAAUACGGCACCGGUGAUGCGCAAUUGGAUAGUGCUGCUGGGGUAUGCUACAGUCGAAACAAACGUCUGAUUGUUUCCGAUCGUUAUAAUCAUCGAAUUAUGAUUUUUGAUCAAAAUGGGCAUUGCAUGAAAAAAUUUGGCGGACAUGGCCCAUCAAGCGGUCAUUUCAACAAUCCAUGGGGAGUAGCAGUCGAUGAUAUGGGGAUAAUUUAUGUUGCGGAUAAGGACAAUCAUCGUGUCCAAAUGUUCGAUGGCAAGGGACAAUUUUUGGGCAAAUUUGGUACAGGAAUUGGUCAAUUUAAUCAUCCACAAUUUAUUGCGAUUCAUAAACGAACCCAAAAUAUUUAUGUAACAGACAGUUCGAAUCAUCGAGUUUGCAUCUUUGAUCACAGUGGCAAUCCAAUCUUUCAAUUUGGUUCCGAAGGAUAUCAGAACGGCCAGAUGAAAUUCCCACGUGGAAUCGUCGUUGAUGAUCAGGGUUUCAUCAUUGUAGCUGACAGUGGUAACAAUCGCGUGCAAAUUUUCUAUCCAAAUGGUCGUUACAUGCAUAGUUUCGGUGCAUGGGGUAAUGCACCAGGACAACUUAAAGGUGUUGAAGCGGUUGCACUCAUUGGUACCACAAUUAUUGUUUCCGAUCGUGAAAAUCAUCGUAUACAAUUGUUCUAG